ACAUGGACCCGGUGCACUUUUACGAGUGGAUUGAUAUUAAAAGUGUUUUAUUAUUUUCGUGUGUAUUUAUAAUAUUGAGUGAUUAUAUAAGAAAUAAAGCCCCAAAAGACUUUCCUCCUGGACCCUGGUCUUUGCCUAUUAUUGGAGAUCUUCAUCAUAUCGAUCACACAAGGAUUCAUCUCCAGCUGGCAAAGUUUGCAGAAAAGUACGGAAACGUUUUAAGCGUUCGCAUUUUCGGGGCAAGAUUUGUUGUGUUGAACGGGUACAAACAAGUCAAGCAGGUGUAUUUGCUACAAGGUGAAAACUUUGCCGAUCGCCCCCAUAUACCUUUGAUUUAUGACAUCUUUGGCGACAACGGUUUAGGUGCCUCCAGUGGUUAUAAAUGGAAGCAACAGAGGAGAUUUGCUCUCUCAACACUUCGGAAUUUUGGAUUGGGGAAGAAAAGCCUUGAGCCAUCCAUCCAUCUUGAAUGUUGCUUGCUUAAUGAGGCCAUUUCAAAUGAGCAGGGUAGACCAUUUGACCCUCAUGUCCUGCUGAACAACGCUGUGUCAAAUGUGAUCUGUGUCCUUGUGUUUGGUCAUCGAUAUGAGUACAGCGACAAUGAAUUCCAGUCUCUGUUAAAAAAGAUCAAUGAAGUGGCGAUUUUGGAAGGAAACUUCUGGGAUCAGCUUUAUAACACAUUCCCAUGGAUCAUGAAGCGAGUGCCUGGACCACACCAGAAAAUAUUUGCUCUGUGGAAGGAGGUGAUUCAUUUUGUGCGAGAGAAGGUGCAUGCACACAGAGUGGACUAUGAUCCAUCGAAUCCUCGAGACUUCAUUGACUGCUUCCUUGGUGAGAUGGAAAAAUGGAAACAUGAUACAGCAUCUUCAUUUGAUGUGGAGAACCUGUGCUCCUCUGCACUGGAUCUGUUUGUGGCCGGAACUGAGACCAUCUCCAAAACUCUGUACUGGGGACUUCUCUACAUGAUCAAAAAUCCUGAGAUACAGGUAAAAGUUCAGGAGGAGAUUGAUCGUGUUGUGGAUGGGACACGCCAGCCAUCUUUAUCAGACAGAGACAAACUGCCUUAUACCACUGCUGUCAUACAUGAAAUCCAAAGAUUUGGAAAUAUUGUCCCAUUAAAUAUGGUUCGGGCUGCUGCAGAAGAUACCCACAUAGGAAAAUACUCUAUACCAAAGGGCACAAUGGUGAUUGGCAGUUUGACAUCAGUGCUGUUUGAUGAAUCAGAGUGGGAGACACCUCACUCUUUUAAUCCCAAUCACUUCCUGGAUGCUGAGGGAACAUUUAGGAGGAGAGAUGCCUUUUUGCCUUUCUCUAUAGGAAGCAGAAUGUGUCUUGGGGAGCAGCUGGCACGGAUGGAGCUCUUCCUCUUUUUCUCUUCUCUGCUGCAGCGUUUUACAUUUUCUUCACCAGCAGAUGUGGAGCCCAGCCUGGAUUUUAGAAUGGGGACCACUCGAAGUCCCCAUCCAUACAAAUUAUGUGCAGUGCCACGCUAAGACCAACAAUCCACAAAUAUAUGUAUUCAUUUAUUGUUUUGUGUGUUUUGAGAUGUAUUAAGAGAAAAUCAUCAUAAAACUGGAAAGAUGGCAUUUUUUGUUAUUUCAUUCAUAUACUGUCAUUUACAUAAUAUUCAGUUAAAUCUUCAAACAAGUCUGUUGCCUUUCUCUUACUCUUGGUGUUGCCAAUGUUAAAUGAAAUCUGAGCCUUUUUGUCUAAAAAAUGUAAUGAAGCGAUUCCCUUCAGACCAAGAUAUAAAGCUUGUUCUGUUACUUUAGUGAUCAUAGUAAUGACCUCUGUGUAAUCAUAAGUGCCAGGUAAAAUAAACAUUAUGACUAAUGUAUGCGUAAAUGUUUACGUUUUGUGGUCGUAAAAUAAUUUGCUAAAUUGAGGUGUUAUGUUAUUUUAGACAUUAAU